CAGCGCUAUGCACACAAACUAGUGAAACGUGAACACAGCGCCUUUGAAUUGGCAAGGUUGGAAAUAGAGCUGCAGCGAAUGCAAGAGGGCGAAUCUCGCAGCGCUAAAUCGAACAAAUUUCAAUUCUCGAGUGACUCGUUCAAGGACGACGCGCUUGACGACGAGAAAUGUCACCAAAAAUGUAAUGAACGCCUCAAAAGCAGUCUUGAUAUGGUCAAGGUCCACCAGGGAUUCGGCUCAAUUGGAGUGCCCCCAGUGGUGGAUGCCACCGACCUGAUGCUAUUCUGUCGCUACGACUCAGAACACGACAAAUGCCUUCGGGAGUGCGGCUUCACCGUGCAAUUCAAUAUGCGCGAUUUCGUUUGUAAACAACACUAUGCCGAGAUGGAAUCCCUUCUGUCAUGCUAUACGAAAGCCGCCCCGGCGCUACAACGACAAUGUGGUGCGCAACGCUGUGGCCCUUACGAUGGUUUAACUCAAACGGAUAAAUCUCUUAUUGGUUCGUUACGCACACAGAUGUCGCGUUUUAGCGUGCGACAUAAUGUGCACCCGGGAGGUGCUGCUAGAGAGCUGCAACAGCAGACUCGACGCCGAACGCGCGCUCAAAUACCUUCUCAACUACACUCGAGAACAGGUCACCUUUUGGCUAAAACAACUCCAACAGGGAGAAGGUCAAGCUCAGCGAAAACGCUCACUAGACUCUGGAGGUCAAGGCAGUCUUACUGA